AAAAAAAGAGAGAGAAAAAUGAAACAUGGCCAUGAAAUUUUGUAGCAGCUCCGAGAAAGAAAAAGAAAAAUAAAAGAUUUUUAUUAUUCAUAUCUGUAAUUAACUAACUAUAAAUAAAUCAGUGUGGAGUAGAUGAGAUGAUUGAUGGAUCAAUGGGGUUGGCAUGUAAAUGUAGUAUUGAAAGAAGAAUCCCCUCCUCUGUGAUUUAUAAUAAUAAUUAUUCUUCAAAUUAUAAUAAUAAUUUUAAAGAAAUUUGUUUCGAUAAUAGAAAGAAAUUAGCAGUUAAUACCAAUAAGAAGAACCUGCGUUUUGUAACUACUAUUCCUAUUUUUAAGCGCAGAUGGCGUUCUCUUUCUCUUUCUGGCAGCAGAAAUUGCAUUUUAAGCAUGGAUGUUCGGGAGAAAUCAAGAUCCACGUUAUUCGAGUCAUCUAAACACAAGAGGGUUCCUAUCUAUGUUAUGAUGCCGAUUGACUCUUUCGGAAUUGAUACGUCUGGCACUCCAAGAAUCAGAAAAAUCAAGGCCUUAACCAUAUCACUAAAAGCACUCAAGUUGGCAGGUGUCCAUGGAAUUGCAGUUGAGGUUUGGUGGGGAAUUGUAGAACGAAUUUUUCCCAAUGCAUAUAAUUGGUCUCUUUACGAAGAACUUUUUAAAUUGGUAUCUGAAAUGGGGUUAAAGUUACAAGUUGCGUUGUCCUUCCACUCAAAUGUUCAUUUAUCUUCACGAGUACAAGGUGUUAGCCUUCCCCAAUGGAUCAUAGAGAUUGGGCGUAAUAAUAAGGACAUUUACUAUCGAGACCAGAAUGGUUUUCCUAACGCUGAUUAUCUUACGCUAGGGGUAGACAAUAUUCCUUUGUUUUCUGGACGUACUGCUCUGCAGUGUUAUGAAGAUUUUAUCCAUAGUUUUGCAAACAAAUUUGACUCCUUAAUGGGAACUAUAAUUGAAGAGGUUUGUGUUGGUCUUGGACCUUCUGGAGAACUUAGAUAUCCCGCUCAUCCCUUUCAAGAUGGUAGAUGGCAAUUUCCUGGGGUUGGUGCAUUUCAGUGCUAUGACAAAUACAUGAUGGAGGACUUGCGAACAGUUGCUUGGCAAGAAGGGAAACCUGAUUGGGCAAAUAAAGGACCUCCAAUUGCUGGUGACUAUAAUAGUUUUCCAGCUGAUGUUCCUUUCUUUGAAGAAGGAGAGGGAAGCUUUCUAUCCGAAUACGGGCAUUUUUUUCUGGAAUGGUACAGUGAUAGAUUGCUCCGUCAUGCAGAUGCGGUUCUUGGAGUGGCAUCUAAUUUGUUGCGAAAGUAUCAAGAAAAUGAGCAAUGUUCAGUACGUGUAGUGGCAAAAAUCGGUUUACUAUAUUGGUGGUAUCAGACAGUGUCUCAUCCUGCUGAGCUUACUGCUGGUUACUACAAUACUGCUUUUAGGGAUGGUUAUGAUCAAUUGACCUCGAUGUUGUCCCGUCAUGGAGCAGCUCUCCAGAUUUCCUGCUUUGAGAUGUUGGACAAAGAAACUCCCCAAAAUUUUUUGUGCAGUCCAGAGGGUUUGCUUCAGCAGAUAAGGACCUCCUCAAAUAAAAGGGUUGUAGAGUUAACCGGAAGAAAUACGCAUGAACGCUUUGACGAGGCUGGUCUAAAGCAGAUACAUUCAAAUUGUUAUGAUUCUCAGGCAGAAGCUGUGAGAUCAUUUACAUAUUUCAGAAUGAACGAUAAGAUAUUUAGGGUUGAAAAUUGGAAUAACUUUGUACCAUUUGUGAGAAGGAUGAGCACUGAUUUGUAGAACAACAUAUGAUCUUCGAACUAUACAAUAUAAUACUGUUCAUGCUUCUCUUCUCUGCUAUAAUUUUAUCAAACAGAGAAGAUUUUGCACCGCCCGUAGGGUCUAGCAAGAAACUGCAUGUAUAUAUGUAGCAUGUCUUUGUAUCUAAGUGAGUUGCCUCCGUAUUUUUGUUUGUUUAUAUAAUGUAGUACAAAAUAUGAACUGGAAAGUUGGCCGUUCA